UUUUGUACUGCUUCCUCUAAAUGCAGACUCUGAAAGGAAGCAAAAUGUCUUCCUGUAAAGAUCGGACAAAGCACCCGGUGGAUAUAUUGUUUUACAACAGAACCGAGAGCGAGGGUGAAACUGUAAACACGCGUUGAGUCUGACGUCGGCUUUGGACACGAAUGCAAGCAGGAAGACAGGUGGUGUUUUCCCAGCUUCCCGCCCACUCCGCGAAGGAGUUAGGAGGAGGCUUUUUGAGCAGGCAGCCGGACUUUGGAUCCAUAUAACUUUUUAAAAAGAACCUUAAGUGGUAGCCAGACUUGCACAGAUCCUUGCAGAGAUUUAACAUAUUUGCGGUGUGUGAAGAGUCCAACAUGGAAACAGAGAAAGAAAAACAAAGGCCUCCUAACAGCCAGUUAAUUUCCGUGCCUCCCAAGGAUACAGUCCGUCUCCUGGAGGUAUACGUAAAACGUAGCCUCAGCCUAAAUGAUGGCACUCAUGGGCUUAAAGUGGCUGGGAGGAAAGAAAAAUGGGUGACGGUGCCAAAAAGACAAAGACAUCAUUCCAGUGACCCCUCCCUUCACUUGGCCCCUUCACUUGAGAAUGUGGAUGGAAAAGAAAUUGAUACGUUCUCUCCGGUUGAACAUGUACCAAACCAACCCGAGAAAUGUCCCAAAGAACCAGAGAAACCGACAAAAAAAUCAAAAAAGAUCAAGAAAACCUCAUUUUGGAAAAAUAUAAUUGGCUUUUUCACCCGGAAGGACAAUGAGGAUAAAGACGACGAGCAGGACAGUCCACCAGACAUGUCCAAUUCCUCUGAGACAGUAACUACCUGCUUGCCCAUUACACCAGUCACUUUACCAAAGAAGUCAACGAGAAAAAAGUCCCUAAGAAGAAGAUUCUCAAAAAGGCAGCUAUCUCUGAUAAAACCAAACAAACCUGCUGACAUCACAGGAGUUGAAGCUGUUGUCAGUGUAACACCAACAGACUCUUAUUAUGAGAAGGUGUCAGAGGAACUGGAAAAAAUUGUCCAUGAGGUCAAAGAAAAAGAAGAAGUUGCACCACUAUCAGAUGAGGAAGUAAUUAACAGGAUCAUUGCUCUGAUGAAGGAACAGGGUGAUGCCAUAGAUGUCAAGAUGAAAGAUAACCCCACCCUGAGCUACUUCUUUCAGCAGAUGACAUACUCUUCCUUCCAAAAGCUUGCUGAUGCAUAUGUUGAGAAAGAAGGUUCAUCGACCCAAAAACCUCCAACUGUCUUAACAACAGCACCUGAGCUGGUCAAACUGGCCUUCACACUCGACUUCACAGCCAGGAUAGCCGGACUCUCCAAACAGAAUGUAGGCCACAUUACUGGUCUGGGAAACCGUUAUCUACAGGACCGAUUUAAAUACAGACAGGCAUGCACAGAUCAUCCCUGGUCUGACAGUGAUGACUGAGAAGCAGCCAAGCAGAAACAUAGCUGCACAUUCAAAUUUGACAACCCCUCUUAGCACUGCAGAUGUGGUUAAGGAUGUAUUGCACACCUGAGUUCCUCUUUACAAAGGGGAUGGCCAAGAAAUGCUUUAGGCCUGCAAAGAGACACAUGCUGUAAUCAAUGUUAGGUUUUCUUAAUACUGUUUUUGAGUGCUUGUUAAACUAUAAAUUUGCAACAGAACGACUGCUGAGAAAACUGUUUGGGUGUUGUUUGAGUGCAUGAGUGUUGUCUUUCACAUUAAAGUUCAACUGAGAUAUUACUAAACUACUAACAAACAGCUGGUUUCGCAAAACUAAAAAACUGUGACAUUUUGCUAGGUUGAAUUGUGUAUGUGAAUUUGUAAAAAUGUGAAAGAUCAGUGCAAUUUUUUAUGUAUAAGCUAAAUAACUUGGUGCAAGGUUCUUGAAUAUUUUGGUAUUCUAAAAUGUGACUGAUGUUUGUUUUUCAUGAAUGCUGGCAUUCAUAUUAAAUACUAAAAAGAUGUUUAUAUUUUUUUCAUUGAGAAUUAAUGUAUAUCUAAAGGCCGGCUUAAUUUAAGAUCAACUUGACAAUAAAAACAGCAAAAAUUAA